UUGUCAAUGGAAUCCCAACGCUCUCUUGCUUCUCUUCCUCUGCUAGUUUUCUCAUUCACCGCCGUUUGCCUACGCCGCGCUUACUCUGACUACAGCGGUUGGGACAGCGCCCACGCCACUUUCUACGGUGGCGCUGAUGCUUCUGGCACCAUGGGAGGUGCUUGUGGCUAUGGUAACUUGUAUAGCACAGGUUACAAUACAAAUACAGCUGCGCUAAGUACUGCUCUUUUCAACAACGGGCUGAGUUGUGGGGCUUGCUACGAGCUAGCCUGCUGCGAUGACCCUCAAUCGUGUUUGCCUGGCACGAUCACAGUCACCGCCACUAAUUUCUGCCCGCCCAACCCGUCGCUGCCCAAUGACGACGGUGGGUGGUGCAAUUCUCCUCGGCAACAUUUCGAUCUGGCUCAGCCUGCUUACUUGCAAAUUGCUAGAUACAGUGCCGGAAUCGUCCCCAUUUCUUUUCGAAGGGUGCCUUGUAACAAGAAGGGAGGAAUAAGGUUCACAAUCAAUGGGCACGCAUUCUUUAAUCUUGUCCUGGUCACGAACGUGGGCGGAGCCGGAGACAUACAAUCCCUCUCAAUUAAAGGAUCAAGGACGGGAUGGCAAGCCAUGUCGAGGAAUUGGGGCCAGAACUGGCAAAGCAACUCCGACCUAAACGGCCAAGCCCUAUCUUUCCAAGUCACGACUAGUGACGGAAGGACCAUUAUCAGCAACAACGUUGCAGCGGCUGAUUGGCAGUUUGGACAAACAUUUGAAGGAGCACAGUUUUAGUUACAUAACUUGAACGUGUAGCAAGUCUUUGAUAGUAUUUUUUUUGUUUGCCUUUUAAAAUUUAACACUAUUAGGCCACACAAAAGGAAGAAAAUGGCAUAAAGAGAUAUUUGGGAAUGGCUGUAUUGCUGUGGUGGUUGGUUUGCACCCGCUUAGGCCGAUAUGUAAUAUUGGAUGACAGUAAAACCACUCAACUGAGGUUACCUCCUCAAUCAGAUUUUUAAUA